GGGGGAAGGGCGGGUGGUGAGGGUGAACAAGAGGAGGAGAAAGCAGUGAGAAGCACUAGCAACAGGCGAACACUCUGAGGGCGUUUUUUUAUCUGCGGGUGAAGAUGAGUGACGCAGGUCAACCCAAAGUUGAACUUUUUGUCAAGGCGGGAAGUGAUGGACAGAGCAUCGGAAACUGUCCGUUCUCCCAGCGUCUCUUCAUGGUGCUGUGGCUGAAAGGAGUCACCUUUGACGUCACCACUGUGGACAUGAAGAGGAAGCCUGACGUCUUGAAGGACCUGGCUCCCGGAGCUCAGCCUCCCUUCCUGUUAUAUGGCAACGAGGUCAAAACUGACACCAACAAGAUUGAGGAGUUCCUGGAGGAACGUCUCUGUCCGCCGAAAUAUGUACGUCUGGCCGCUCGGAACCCAGAGUCCAACACUGCAGGCAUGGACGUCUUCUCCAAAUUCUCCGCCUACAUCAAGAACUCAAACCCCCAGGCCAAUGAAAAUCUUGAAAAGGGCCUCCUGAAGGCGCUGAAGAAACUGGACGACUACCUGGGCUGCCCACUUCCUGAGGAGAUUGAUGAGAAUAGCGCCGAUGAUGUUGUUUCCUCUUCCCGCCCCUUCCUGGACGGCCAAGCGCUGACUCUGGCUGACUGCAACUUGCUGCCUAAACUGCAUAUUGUGAAGGUGGUGUGUUUAAAAUACCGGAAAUUCAACAUCCCCGACUACCUAACUAACCUGUGGAGGUACCUGAAUGCAGCGUACGCCCGGGAGGAGUUUGCCUCCACCUGCCCGAUCGACGAGGAGAUCCACAUUGCCUACGCCUCUGUAGCCAAAGUUCUCAAGUAGGAGGAGAACGUCACCAAUACACCAGAACAAACAUACAAACAAACAAACAAACAAACAAACAAACAAACAAACAAACAAACACCAGAGACCAAGAAUUGACUCUGCAAGUAAUGUGAUCAACGUAAAGACUGUGUUAGAGACACACACAGUGGAGUCCUGUUUUUAUAUGACUUUAGUUAUUGUUGGCAUCAUCAUUCAGCAGUGAAUCACGGCCUUGAGGAAAUGAGAUACGCAGAUGAGAAAACAAUCAUAAGAGAUAAAUGUAAAUGUAAGCGGCAAUUGUUGCCAGAAAAAUUCCAAAACCUUUUUUUAUUUAGUAUUUAAUUCAUACACAGGUAUAAAAACGUGCUUCAAACUUCAUCCAAUAAAUCUGACUUACUGUCUCCUCAGUUUGGUGGUGGGAACUAAAAUUUUCGUUAUCCUAUUUAGUGUCUUGUGCUUGAUGAAGGAUUUUUUUUUCUUGUUAUAGAAAGAACAAAAAUGUUUUGGCCAUGCAACAGGUUUUCUGCACAAUCUUUGUGCUGAUCACAUUACUUGUAGACACACACACGUGUCUGUUUCUUGUCUUUGACCAAAGACCGGGCAGGGCAAACAUUUGAUUUACAUUUUUAUUUUAAGACCUUCUGAGAAUGUUGGUCUGU